AUGUCAAAUGUGGCGUUUGGCUUCAUUCUGAUGGGACUAGAGAAACUGGUGGAGUUGGAGUUUGAGUGUCCUUGUAACCCUACAUGGAACGGAGUGUUUUCAUCCGCUUUCUUCAUCAUUCCCGCUGUCAUGGCCUUCACCCUGAUGCUGAUCAUUCAAGGAUGCAGGUGCGACACAUGGUGCAAGAAAACCGUGUCCCUCUCGAGUUUCGUUCCUGCUAUUGUGUGGCUCAUUCUGUUGUUCCUCGACGGCCAGUACUUUGCGUGCGCUAUGACAGACUGGGAGGGCAGAUUUGUAAUUGUUGACAAAGCUGCUCCACAGAAAUGGUGCGAGCCAAUAAGUGAGGGAGCGGUAACCACACAAGAACUGAUGCUCCGCUCGCAACAACUUUUUGUUUUUUCUCAGGUCAUAGGCAUAGUCCUGCUUAUUUUUAUCUGUGUGGGUCUCGUAGUUUAUGUCGUACGAGAAAGCUGCCACCAAGAAGUGGAGUUGCAGGAUGCAGAUGUAGCAGAGCUCACGGUUCUAAGGAUGAGCUCCGUGCGCACCAGAACAUCAUGA